AGAGCUGCUGCUGGAGAAAAGCAGCUCUUCUACCUGCAAAGGCACAUUUUAAGGGCAGAGCUGGCACUUCUGGCAGUGCAGGAAGACUUGGGUUCCUUGCUUUGCUCUCCCAUAGGCAGCUUUUUACCUACUCUAACCAUCCACAUCCAGGCCAAGUUAUAGGGGUGCGGGGGAAAGGGGAGCCCCGUUGCCUUAAUACACCCUUUUGGAUCAAAGGUUGGGCAGCGUCUCAGCUGGCGGAGCUGGACUUUGCUUUGCGGUGGGGCUCUCGCAGGCUGGGCUCAGGGCGGAGCGAGCAGAUGCCGGCCGCUGACGUCCUGCCUUAUGGGCUCUGCCCUGCCUGCCCAAGCCGACGGUCUGCGAUCCGCUCUCGUGCUGUUGCCCCAGACACUGGAAACAGCAGUCUGCUCUGGGAUCUCCAGCCUGGCUCUGUCUCCAGCUUUGGUUGCCUUGGCUCGCCCAGGAGCAGCUUUCCUGCGCACAACCAGUUUUGCAGCUGGGAGAAUUUAUGAUGUUAGAAUCAUCAGAACUGUGGUCAGGACCUUCAAGUAUUUCUUCGGCCUGAGGUUUGAGGUGGAGGGACUGGAGCACUUCAAGGUGGAGGGCCCUGCUAUCAUUGUGUCCAACCACCAGAGCACCCUUGACAUGAUGGGGCUGAUGGAGGUCCUGCCUGACGACUGUGUCCAGGUGGGCAAGAAAGAGCUGAUGUACGCUGGCACUGUGGGGCUCGUCAUCUACCUUGGCGGCGUCAUCUUCAUCAACAGGAAGAGCACCACCAGCGCCAAGAUGGUGAUGGCAGAGGUGGCUAAGACUAUGGCAACUGACAAUGUGAAGGUGUGGGUGUACCCAGAGGGCACGAGGAACUGCACGGGAGAUUUGCUGCCAUUCAAGAAAGGAGCAUUUCACCUUGCUGUCCAGGCACAGGUCCCAGUGAUCCCUGUGGUGUAUUCCUCCUUCACCACCUUCUAUAACCCAAAGACGAAUCUAUUUACAUCAGGCAAAAUCAAGGUUAAGGUCCUGCCUCCAAUAGACACCAAAGGCCUGACAUCAGACGAUGUCUCCGACCUCACUGAGAGAUGCUUCCGCACCAUGAGGGAGACCCUGUUCAUGCUGUCGGGCAAUCCAAGCAAGGCAAAGGACUCUUCCUAGAUGCUUCUCCAGUGGCGUCACCGUGUGGUGGUGGCUGAAGGAACCUGUCUGUUGCCAAAUACCGACAGAACUUCUCUUCCUCUGCAGUAUCUCUGGGAACAGCACGGGGUGUCAAGCCAGCGCUGAGGUUCCCCGUUGAGUGGAUUUCUCUUAUGGGUUCAUUAUCUUGCAAUGAAACGUCUCCUUUUUCUGAA